AUGCCGCACCCUUUGAGGGCGCUCCUUCCCAGCGCCCCCCGUACACCACCGGUGCCCGAGUCUUCUCUGCCAGCCCAACAUCGAGCCAAGAGGGCGGCUACUGCUGCCGCUUGCGAGGCUUGUAGAAAACGCAAGUCAAAGUGUAAUGCCGCCCGACCUCGAUGUUCUGGCUGUGUCGAGAAACAGACGGCUUGCGAAUACAGAACCCGACCUACGGAGACCCAUCCCCAGGCGCAGAAGAGGAAGCUAUCGGACCUCGAGCUCAGGUGCCAGGCCUACGAAGAUUUGUUCAACAUUGUCCGAUCCCGACCCGACCACGACUCGCUACAGAUUCUAGAACGGAUACGAUCAGGUAUCGACAUACACCACGUGCUCAACUCGAUCCAUGAUGGCGACCUCCUGUUAGAACUCGGCGUGCAACGGGAGCACCACCUGCGAUACGAAUUCCCAUACCGCCGUGAGAUGCCCCUCUAUCUGGAACAAUGGCAAAAUCCGUAUCUCAAGUCCCAUCUCUACGGAAAGAUGUCGAAUCCCUCGCCAAACAAUAUGAUGUCUACUGAGUCGUUGGAAGCGAUCGAAGAUGACUACCAGAAAUCCUACCUCAUCCCUUACCACGCCGCCGAUCUAGUUGAUCCUCUUCUAGCCGAAGCCGAUGUAGCGAGCUGGACCAACGUCUCUUCGAACAACACUAUGCUACGGCGGCUGCUGGAAAUAUAUUUCGUCUCCGAGUACCCAUUCCACCCAUACUUCCUGAAGGAGGCUUUCGUUGAAGACUUGGUGGCCGGGAACAGACAGUUCUGCUCUCCUCUUCUCGUUAAUGCAGUACUUGCGGCUGCUUGGGUGCGUACUGUCAUGUCACCUGUUAGUUACUACAAGACCAAUCUGAUUCCCAAAAAGCACGGAUACCGUCAAGUGAGGCACCGCGCCGAGUAUUGGAAGUCGGACAAUCUAGGCUGUCGAUUUCUUUCCGAAGCCCGGAGACUCCUAGAAGUCAACGAAGAUACCCCCGCGCUCACGACCGUCCAGGCCACCGCAAUCAUCGGCCUAACGUGCAACACCAAUGGUAUCGAUGUGAUUGGCUGGUCUUACCUACGGAAGGCUAUAGCUAUGGCGCACGACUUGAAGAUAUUCGCGCCCAGUCCGACUCAAAGCGCAUCAUGGCAGUCUGUGGCGGCGGUCACGGCAUGGUGCCUAUAUAAUUGGCAGGCGUUGGCGGCUUAUCACACAUUCCAACAGCCGCUUCUUCAAGAGCCGCCGCAAUACCCGCUACCGGACCAACAUAGCGCAACUGAUCACUUUGGAGAGUUGUUCCUGAGAUACCCCAACAGCAAGGAGCCCAUACCCAUGGCUCAUGGCCUGGUCUUUAGGGCUGUAUCCGAACUCCGCAUAAUCAUCAACGAUAUUGCGAGACAGGCGUUCAAGUCUGCGAGGAACCUCUACGGUGUCGCAUACUACGAAGCCCUUAUGUUCCGCUCGAAGCUCACUAGCUGGUACACCAACUUGGCGGAGCCUUUGAGGUGCCAGAACAUUUCCUUGCCUUGCCACUUGAAGCUACAUAUACACUAUCACGUCAUGCUCAUCUCGCUCUUUGAGCCGUUCGAGGCGAUGCGCCCAAUCGAUGGCGAAGUGAGUGCCGGCACAACAGUUAAACAGUCCAGGGCGUGCUUCGAGACACUCAUACGGCUAUACUACCAGCGGCACGGCUUCGAAUCAUACGACCCCACGCUGCUGAAAUACCUUCAUAUGCUGGGAUUCAGCACUCUCAGGGACCUGGGCCUGUCAGGCGGCGACUCUCCGGCCGACGAGGACAAACGCGCAACUCUCGUUCUCUGCGCCAAAGGAAUGUGGGAACAGGGGCGGAACUCUUUCGCGUCCGAGGCGGUAUUCCACAUGCUGCGACACUCGAUGGGACCAGACGAGAUCCAGCUCAUCAACGAAUUCACGGGCUCGGACAGGUUGGACGACAGAAUGGAGCUGAUGGCUCAGGAGAUCCGGUCACAGUGGCCGAUUGGGGCGUUCAACGGGGCGACCCAUACCGACGAGCAGACUUUAGAACACUUCCUCAAGAGUUGGGAGAAAAGGAGGAAAGAACGGUCUCAAGAGGAUGGUUUGGCAGAUGGCGCAAUGGAUGUAGAUGGAUAUUCAUCCGGAACGCCUUCACCAACACAGGCCAGAGAGGUUUACCCCUUACGAAGUUGA